GGCACAGCUAGCAGAGCCGCGGUCCGGACCGCAGCGCGUGCCCGAAGCUCUCCGCCUUCCCCCACCCACCAGCCCGAGGCAGCCCGAGCCCAGCCCCUGGCCCCAGCAGCAGCCCCGAGAGCACCCCAGUAGCAGCGCCAUGGCCGGGUGGAACACCUACAAAGACAAGCUCAUGGCGGAAGGGACCUGUCAGGACGCGGCCAUCGUGGGCUAUAAGAACUUGCCCUCCAUCUGGGCAGCCGUCCCUGGAAAAAACUUCGUCAACAUCACGCCAGCUGAGGUUGGUGCCCUGGUUGGCAAAGACGGGUCAAGUUUUUACGUGAAUGGGCUAACGCUUGGGGGCCAGAAAUGGUCUGUGAUCCAGGACUCACUGCUGCAGGACGGGGAAUUUACCAUGGAUCUUCGUACCAAGAGCACCUGCGGAGCCGCCACCUUUGAGAUCAUUGUUACCCUGAAUGCCAAGCCACUAGCCCUGCUGAUGGGCAAAGAAGGUGUACAGGAUGGUAUGAUCAACAAGAAAUGUUAUGAAAUGGCCUCCCACCUGCGGCGUUCCCAAUAA